CCUUCCAAGUUAAAUGCCAGUGUAAAUCAAGCAAGUAGUGAAAAUAGUUGACGUUCAAUGUUUGUUGUGUUCGCGUUACGUCCCUGUUCUGUCAAAAAAUUCGCGAAAAGUGGUGAAAAUAAUGCGUGAGUGUCGUGUGUGGUGCCCCAUGUAGGUUAAGUCAUCGUCGAACUACCCCUCAAAGAUAAGACGUCCACAAUGUUCAACUUUAUCAAGAAGGCGGGGACCGGCGUGACCUCGGAUAAGGACGAGAAAGAAAAACGGAAACGAGACAAAAAGGACCGGAAGGAUAAACAAAAAAGGGAACGUGCAAGCAUGUCCGCUGAAGAACUGUUAAGAUUGGAUGAGGUGCGACGCUCGUUGAAAAUCCGAGGACGACGUAAAGAAAAAGAGAAACUUCCUUCAGGAAUCACUGCCGAUUAUACAGCCGAUUUUUUAGCAAGUCUGGAUAGACAAGAUUCGCCGGCAUCACCCUCACAUAUGAAUCACCAUCUCCAGGAGGGCCACACCCAAUCCGACAGUAGUGAAACGAGUCUAAAUUCCCUAAACAACCCUCAAAAUAAUAAAGUGUUACCACCUCUACCUCCCAAACCCCCUAAAAGAGGCAUCCUUAAAACUCCUCGAGUGAGCGUCACCCAAGACAACGGCCAUGACAGUUUAGUUCGUAACACUAUCCAAAAUGAGCUAAUUACAUAUCAAAACGUCCCGAACGGUAUCAACGGUAAAAAUCUCGGUUCGGAACUCUUAGUGAUAACAUCGACUUCACCUAGUGCCGAUAGUUUAACCGAUACGACGAAUUCUUCAUUUGCCACUCCACCGUUUUCAUUGAGUCCUGUUGGUGAAUCGCAGGGUUUUCAUCGAUGGUCGCGUACGUCAAAUUUCGACGAUGUGGAAUUACCGUUACCGGGAAUUGUGCCGUUAACGUUACCGAAACCGCGAACGUUGACAAUACAAAGACAGAAACCGCCACGGAACGAUUUCGGAUUUUCAUUGCGUCGUGCAAUGGUGUUAGAACGUGUAGUGAACGGUAACGGUAACGGUGACGGAACGUUGUCAAUGAAAGCGGUGAUUUUUGCCGAACCGGGAGCAAUGGUGCAGCAUAAUAACGAGACAGGUUUGUUACCGGGGGAUAAAUUGUUGGAAGUGAAUGGUUUUCCAGUGGAGGAUAAGACAAGAGAGGAGAUUAUUGAUAAAAUUAAGGCGUCCGGGGAGAGUGUCACAUUAAAGGUCCAACCGGUGGCGGAACUGAGCGAGUUGAGCAGACGAUCGGGCCAUGACGGCGGCGAGGUCGUUCUAGAUGAUUCAAAUAUCCGUGGUGGUACAUUACGACGUUCCGGAAGUCGAAGAUUCAACAAAUCGACAACUGCCAAGUCUGAGGAACACCUCGAAAAAGAGAAGCAAUGGCUCGAUGCAGAAAAAGUCUGGUUGAUGCACAGAGGCGGUUUUACGGCCGCUAUGAAAGACACCGGAAAUGGCAACGAACCCGGAAAAAUCCAGGUGUGUCUGGAACACAGCAAGGAAAUUUUAACAGUCGAUGAAGACGAUAUCGAGAAAGCAAAUCCGCCACAAUUUGACCGUGCUGAAGAUUUGGCCGCGUUGAGGCACUUGAACGAAUCAAGCAUUUUACAUACUUUAAGACAACGAUACGCUACGAAUUUAAUCCAUACUUAUGCCGGCUGUGGCACCCUUUUAGUAAUCAACCCUAUGGCACCUUUGGCCAUAUAUUCCGAAAAAGUCGUAGCUUUAUUCAAAGGUUGUAAAUCGGAAGAUAUGCCUCCACAUAUCUACUCCAUGGCUCAGUCUUGUUACCACGGGAUGCUUUCAUCGCGUCGCGACCAAUCUCUAGUUUUUCUCGGCCGGUCCGGAUCUGGAAAAACCACAAAUUUCCGUCAUUGCAUCCAAUAUUUAGUCACAGCGGCCGGUUGUGUUAAUAAAAUUUUGACUGUUGAAAAACUAACAGCUUUAUGGACAGUCCUUGAAAGUUUCGGCAAUUGUCGCACUGUUAUGAAUACAAAUGCGACUCGUUUUACACAAAUUUUUAGUCUCGAUUUUGACCAAAGUGGUGUUAUAGCAUCUGCUAGUAUCCAAAUUCUUCUAUUGGAGAAGUCACGAAUUGCAAGAAAAGUCGAAGGAGAAACAACGUUUCAUAUUAUGCAACGGUUAUUGAGCGGUGUUGAAGGAGGCUUGAGAAAAGAGUUGUUUUUGGAGAAUUUAUCAGGGAAUGAGAACAAUGCCUUCGUGACACUAUUACAGAAACACGAGGAUAAGCAGAGGGCACAAGGGGAGUUUGUGAAAGUCUGUGCGGCGUUUAAUGUAUUGGGGAUUGGGGAAAAUGAACAGAGGAGUAUUUUUAGUGUCUUGGCGGCGAUUUAUCAUCUAGGGAGUGCGGGAGCUGUCAAAGCUGGUAGUUCAGGGAGUCGUUACCAAUUCGCCAGUCCCCAAGCUGCUCAACGUGCUGCCACCCUCCUUGGCACCACUGUCGAAGAACUCUCCCGUGUUAUUUUCGGGUUGUCUUCUGGCGGUAUGGUCACUCCCAAUACCCCACGUGCCCCAUUUCGCACCCCAUCGCCUAUUGAUAAGGGUCUAGAACGCGAAGCUGUCGGUUUUGAAGCAAUCGAAGGCAUGGCGAUGGGACUCUACGCUGAAGUUUUCAAUUGUAUUGCGUCUCUUAUCAAUCGUUCAAUUUCGGCAUCGUCUCAUACCGUUUCAAGUAUCCUUCUUGUUGAUACUCCGGGAUUUCAAAAUCCGGCCACUUGUGGACGACAAGCCGGAGCUAGUUUUGAGGAUUUAUGUCAUAAUUAUCUACAAGAGAGAUUACAACUUCUAUACCAUCAUACGAAUUUGGUAGCACCGAAAGAUCGUUACAUGCAGGAGAAUAUCGAGUGUGUGUAUGAUGAGAAUGAAAAUUUGAUAAAUCCAAUACCGUUGGUGAAUUUGAUGGAUAAAGCGGCACAAAACAGUGUGGUGAGGACAUCACAAACUGAUUUACAUGAAGGUGAUCGUCGUGGCCUUCUUUGGUUGCUUGACGAAGAAGCCAUUUAUCCAGGAUCGACUGAUGAUUCCUUCCUUGAACGUCUUUUCACACAUUAUGGCGAUCGUGACCACCAACUUCUCCUCCGGAAAGCGCCCGGAAACAAUCAAUUCAUUUUGCAACAUUUACAAGGAACAAAUCCGGUCCUAUACACCGCCAAAAAUUGGCUCAAACACAGCAGAGAGAAUCCGAUUGCAAAAACUGCCGUUACAGUAUUACAAGAGAGUUGCAAAGAGGACAUAAGUAAGUUAUUUGUGAGCGUUCGAGGAUUGGGAGCGACAAGCUUUAGCGGGUCUUUGGUUGGUAUCGAAGGCUCUCAAUCCUUGAGAAGGGCCUCCAGUAUUCGACGGACUUUUACAGCCGGUACAGCUGCAAUAAAACGCAAAAGUGUGUGUUUACAGACUAAAUUUACCGUCGAUGGUUUAAUUGAAACUUUGAGAAGGACGCGUCUACGAUUUGUUCAUUGUCUUCUACCUCAACACAAUGCCGGUUUUUGUGAAGCCUUGGCCGUUAAAACUAGCUUAGGUCAGCCGGAGGACGCCUUAAUGAAUAUUCCACUUUUGAGGUCGCAAAUACGUGGAGGUCAAAUUUUGGAUGCUGUACGUUUCUACAAGCAAGGUUUUCCGAAUUUUUUGCCUUUGAGUGAAUUCAGGCGACGGUUUCGUCUACUAGCCGGCGAUAGUAAAAUUUCCAGUCCGGUUCUGGAUGAGAGGAAAGCCGUUGAAGAUAUGUUAUUGGCUGUGGAUUUGGAAUUGUCAAGUUACAGGGUUGGAUUAAGUCAGAUUUUCUUCCGGAAUGGAGUUCUUUCGCAAUUGGAGUCUCAAAGGGAUGAACGUCUUGCCGGUAUGGUGGUUAAUCUGCAAGCUCAUUGUCGAGGAUAUUUGGCGAGGAGGAGGUUAACACAAAGAAAAUUACAAGAUUUGGCCGUGCGAUGUAUCCAGAGAAAUGUGAGGAAGUUCCUGUUGGUGAGGGAUUGGCCAUGGUGGAGGUUGUUGGUGAGGGUGACACCCUUACUCAAUGUGCACAGAACAGAAGAGGAAUUGAGGAUAAAAACGGACGAAUUAGAAGCCCUUAAAUCAAAAUUGGAAAAACUCGAGACUGAAAGAACGACAUUAAAACACGAAAACAACAAACUGGAAGCCAAGCUGAGCGAGAUGACGGCCGAUUUAGCCGAAGAACACUCGACGUCGACGUUGGCCACGGAGCGUCUCGACGCUGAGACGUCAGAACGUAUCCGUCUCGAACGUGAACUUUCCGAAGUCCAACACAAGAACAAAGAACUUCAACAGUCGUCGGAACGUUUAGAAAUGGAACUUUUAUACGCCCGAAGUGACUUGAAUGGCAUCUCUGAAGAAGAUGAAGAUGGCGAUGUUGAUGGUGGUGUCUACAAACAACGCUAUGAAAGAGCAAUCCGCGAAUUGGAGUUUACGAAACGUAGACUACAACAACAACACGAAGACGACUUGGAACAACUUGUGGGGUUGAAAAAACAACUCGAAAAGAAGUUGACGGAUGCGUAUGAAGAAGUUGAAGAACAGAGACAAGUCGUGGGACAGUGGAAGAGAAAAGUACAGAAAUUGAAUGGAGAAAUGAACGAUUUGAGAUUAUUAUUAGAGGAACAAAAUGCGAGGAAUAAUUUAUUGGAGAAGAAACAAAGAAAAUUUGAUUCGGAAACACAACAAUUGCAAGAAGAAUUGAAGAAGGAAAGACAGGCGAAAGAGCGACUCGCAAGAGAGAAAGAAGUUAUCAUGGCGGAGAAAUACGCCAUUGAAAGUAGCCUAGCGGACACCCGUCUUGAGUUGGAACUUAAAGAUGAGAAAUUGAAUUCCCUCCAGCGUGAAUUGGACGAAAUCACUUGUAGUGGUAAGACGGAAGAAGAGGUGACUCAACUCCGACGCCAAAAAAUCGAAUGUGAGCGUCGUCUUCAAGACCAAGAAGAAGAACUUGAUGAAUUAGCCGGUCAAGUGCAGCUUUUAGAACAAGCAAAAUUACGUCUGGAAAUGUCAUUGGAAUCGAUGCGAAAAGAAUCAAAGAAAGAAGCACAAAUGCGUGAUGAAGAACUGGAAGAAGUUCGUUGUAACGCUCAGAAGAAAGUCAAAGCAUUGGAAGCACAUUUAGAAAACGAACACGAAGAAAGAACACAACUGUUGCGAGAAAAACACGAAUUGGAACGAAGACUAGCGGCGGCUGCCGAAUCGGAACGUAAUGAUCGGGCCGGUGAUGAGGCACUUCUUCACAGAUUGAAAAGGGAUUUGAAGAGGACAAAAGUAUUGUUGAGGGACACUCAAACGCAAUUGGAACGACAAAAAGCCGAUAAUCCGGGAAAAGCAAUGAUAAGACAAUUGAAAAACCAACUUGAAGAUUUGGAAUGUGCAAGGGCAUUGGCUGUUAAAACAAAACAAAGUCUUGAAGCAGAUUUAUCUGAAACUCAAGCCUCUUUAGAGGAAGCAAACCGAAUGAGGCAUGAAGCUGAACAAAAAGUCGUUGUUUUGACGCGAGAAAAGAGCGAUCUUCAAAGUCAAAUCGAAGAAAAUGAGGAGGAAUUAGCUGAAGUACUUAAGAAAUACAAAGCGGCUGUGCAACAAAUGUCACUUGAUCAGAUUGCGUUGCAAGAACAAGUGUCAUUAGUGUCGGAAUUGGAAGUUGAACGUAACCAUUUGAAAGAACAGUUGGCAGAACUGACAACUAAAUUAGAGUCGGUUGAAAGUAUGGGUGAUGCGUCGUCGAAUCUUCUUGUUAAAAGAACUGAACUUAAGGUAAAAGAAUUGGAGUCGAAACUGGAACUUGAGCAAACCACCAGAGGUCGUCUCGAAGUCCAAAUAACCCGUCUGAAAGAGGCCGUCGAUAAACUCCAAUCGGAAUUGGCAACAGCUCGAGUCCGUGAGCAACAAAGCCAAGACCAGAUUAGAAAAUUGCAACGAAAUUUACGCGAAGUGAAAGAAGCACUUAAUGAAAGUCUAGUAAAAGAAUCGGAAGUGAUACAAAAGAAGAAAGAAUUGGAGAAGAGAUACGAAGCAUUAGAGGCUGAAACGUCAACGGCGAGAACAGACUUGAAGUUGGCAUUGAAACGUAUUGAAGACUUGCAAGCGGCCAUUCAAGGGGAGCUUGAUAAUAGCACGUCGGAUAAUUCAGACAGCGAGCAAGAUACGUAUAGUUCGGACGAGUCUGUGAGCACUUUCUUGGCCAAUAACAAGUCGUUGAAUGAUUUUAAAUCGACGAGCAGUCGUUCGAGUACUGUGGGAAAAGACUCGUCGUAUGCCUGAGUGGCGGCGAAUGUCUGUCGAACGAUCUCAAUGACGUUCUGCAGACAAGAGGAUGAUGAAGUCGCUUCUGAUUAUGUUUGAUCAGAAAAUGUUUAUUUUUUAUUGUGAUAUAAGACUGAGAUGAUUUCGAGUUUUUAUACAACUGUAAUCGUACUUAAAACGCUCUCAAGAUUUAUUAGUAAUCAAAAGAAAGAAAUGUUGACGCAAUCAAACUCCUUAGAAGGGGCCAGGUUUAUUAAUAAUAGUUUAUUCAAUUGUUUUUGUUUUAUCAGUUGUAAUUAUUUGUGUAUAGACGAUUUUUAUUGAAGAAACAAAAAUCGUUGAUAUAUUCUUUAUAGACAUGUACUGUAUAUACGCUUCCCACACUGACACAAUGUUUAUAGUAAUCGGUCAAUGUAUUAUAGCAGUUGAAACGUAAUAAGUGUUAGGUUUUAAAUUUUUUAAGUCUCUUCUGUACCUAGACAUUUUACCAUAUUCUGUAUUAUAAUUUCAAUGUUGUGGAAAUAUAUUGUUUAAAAAUA